AUGGGCAAGGACGAAGGCUUCGCUCCUGGUGACGCUAAGAAGGGUGCCAAGCUCUUCCAGACCCGUUGCGCUCAGUGCCACACUGUCGAGUCUGGCGGUUCCCACAAGGUCGGCCCCAACCUCCACGGUCUCUUCGGCCGUAAGACCGGUUCCGCCGAGGGAUACGCCUACACCGACGCCAACAAGCAGGCCGGUGUUACCUGGGACGAGAACACUCUGUUCUCCUACCUUGAGAACCCCAAGAAGUUCAUCCCCGGUACCAAGAUGGCCUUCGGUGGUCUGAAGAAGGGCAAGGAAAGGAACGACCUGAUCACGUAUGUGCUUUUGCCGAAGGCUCACUCUGCCAUGGUUGGCAUUGCAGGCGCUAACUGUUUCUCUCCUACAGCUACCUCAAGGAGAACUGCUAAACAUGUUCGCCCUGAAAAGUCACUUGUCUCUUCGACCUUGUCUGGGAAACUUUGUCGCGCCGAUCCUCCUGUGGUAAAAGCAGAUGCACGGCAAGUUCAACGGACACGGCAUGUACUAUACUACAACCUUGUUUAA